UGAGAGCUAUCCAUUCCACCAGGCUCCACGCUAAGAACAAUGUCUGCUUCCACUACUGGCCUGAUGGCGCCAGCCAUUCUUGCUCGCUCCUCCUUUCUCGCUUCUGCUGCUCAUUUUCCAUCUAUUUCAAGAAGCUUCUCCUCCACUUCGCCCUUCCCUCGGUAUCAUCGUGUCUUCCUAUCUCGGCCUUUCUCCGUCAAGGCUUCUUCACCACCGCAGCCACUCGACGUCUGCGUCAAGGCCUCCACCACCGUCCCUGACCGCCUCGGCGAUUGUCCUUUCUCUCAAAGAGUUUUGCUCACCCUUGAGGAGAAGCAUUUACCUUAUGACUUGAAGUUGGUAGACAUGUCCAACAAACCUGAAUGGUUCUUAAAGAUCAGUCCUAAGGGUCAAGUUCCUGUUAUCAAACUUGAUGAGAAGUGGAUUGCUGACUCAGAUGUCAUCACGCAAUCAUUAGAAGAAAAGUAUCCGCUCCCAACUCUAGCAACUCCUCCUGAAAAGUCUUCAAUUGGUUCAAAGAUCUUCUCAACCUUUAUUGGGUUUCUGAAAAGCAAAGAUCCCAGUGACGGGACUGAGGAGGCAUUGGUUACAGAGUUAGCAUCAUUUAAUGAUUAUAUAAAAGACAAUGGGCCCUUUAUCAAUGGGGAGAUGAUCUCUGCUGCUGAUCUCUCUCUUGGACCCAAGCUUUAUCAUUUGGAGAUUGCUUUAGGCCAUUAUAAGGAUUGGUCAAUCCCAGACUCACUUCCUCUUCUCAAAAAUUACAUGAAGACAAUUUUCUCUCGGGAUUCAUUUGUAAAAACUCGAGCAUUACGGGAGGACAUCAUUGCUGGCUGGCGCCCAAAAGUUUUUGGAUAAACAAGGAAUUUUGGUUUAACAAGGAAUCCAUGCACAUGAAAGAAACUGUAUUGAUGUAGAUAGAGAGCUAAAUGCACUUUCACAUAAAAGAAUUCAAUGUUUUUCAUCAACUGAUAUCAUUUUUGUUUUUGAUGAUGACUCAUAACUCAGUACGUGGGAGUCCAUAAAUUGUUACUGUGAACUCUAACUGCUUUACUGCGUUAAGUCCUGAGAAAAUAAUUCAUCAACAUGAAGCUCA